AUGCAAACACCACACUUAUCCAAACAUCGCUCUGUUCUUGCGUCUUCUCAACAACAGCCCAACCCACUGUUAUCAUCGCAACAACAAAACAAGCCCAAAGGAACCAGCCACACAGUUCUACCCUCGUCUUUCAUCAAUCAAUCUCUUACGGGAAAGGAACCAGCUGCUGUUAGUUUUAAAGAACCAAUAAUAUCAUCAUCAGCCGGCUUGUACCGAAAGAAUGAAUUGAGUACAUCAUCAGACCAACAAAAUUUAAUUGUGGACAGCGAAGUACCUCCAACAGAGAGUAUUGUGGAUGGAUUACCAAAUAGAAUUCCUUCCAGCCUUGCUCCGACAACAUCAUCAUUAAUAUUUGGCCAAUCACCAUUGAAACCUUUUUCAGGAAGGGAAGAAGUUGUACUGGACCGUUUCCAAACUCCUCCAUCCGGAAAAUCACAAGAUUUAAGAACGAAAAAACCAUAUACAUCAACCCCUCUUACACUCGAUAAAAGAAGUAUUUUUGCAUCUCCUUUGCAAACAGACCCUUUCUACCAAGUAACUGAUGUAGCUUUAGCAAGUCGAAUUAAUGAAAUUGUUAAAGACACAACAUGGGUUACCGUUUUUGGAUUUCCUCCAGACAAAACAUCAUAUAUUUUAAAACAAUUUUCAAAUUAUGGAACAAUAAUUAAUCACAAAAUAACUAAUGGAAAUUUCAUACAUAUUCAAUAUAAAACUAGAGUUCAAGCUGACAAGGCCUUAAGUAAGAAUGGGAAAAUAUUUGAUGGCGUUCUAAUGAUAGGAGUGGUAGAUUGCUUAGAUACCGAAAUUUUACAAUUACAGCAACGUGAAAGAGACAGCUUUGAAAGUUAUGUCAAAAAGCGUAACUUUGCCUCUCAUUCAGGAGAAGACGAAGAAUCUAAAGUCACAUUUUACAGAAAUGGUGUUAAUUUUAGGCAUCAAUUAGAUUUGCCUCUACAAAAGAAGAGAAAGCCAGAAGCAUCUACAUCAAGCUUCUCCAAGUUUUUAGAUUAUAUUUUCAAAUUUUAA